UUUGGGUAGGAGAGUUAGCUCACUAGAAGAGAUCGUCGGUCGGAUUAAUUCCAAGCACGAAGCAGAGGAAGUUAGGCUACGAGAACAACGCGAGGAAGAAGAGAGAAAGAAGCAUGAGAAAGAGGGAGAUGCACAUGGAGAUGUCGAUGAAACUAGAUAAAGUAUGUGAAGCGGUGGGAGGGAAAAAGAAUGGCGAAUCUGAGGAAAUUAAGGAACUAAAGGCUCUGGUGGAGUCUUUGAACCGACAGUGUAGCAUGGGUGGAGUGAUGGGUCGCAAGUCAGGGAAUGAGGAUGAGGUUGUAAGGUUGCGCGAGGAGGUCGACCGGUUGAGGCGGAGGACUGAUGGUGCUAGUACGUCUGCCACUAUUACGGGUGCUCCCAGGGAAGCUGACGAACUCAUCCAGAUCCGACGUGAACAAGUGGAGGCUAAGGCAGCUAUGGAUAAACGCUUAGCUACUAUGGAAGAAGUCAUAUUCGCUAUGCAAAAACACUGGGAAUCGGUCGAGGCUAACGCAGAGGUUUGGAGAAACGAGGCUCUACGCCCUGGAAACAAGCGUGGUAGCGUCGCAAUUGGCUGCACCCCGAUCAACGAUGCUCGUGUUCGGCCGAAGGUAACCCCAGUGGUUGCCCCAAGUGUCGCUGGUAAGGUCAACAUGCAGCUGAAAGGUUUGGUGGAGCGACAUAAGUGGGAGGUUGACAUGUUGAAGGAGAUGAGAUUGCGCGAAGUAAAUGCUCGGAAGGAAUCGGAAGAGGAGGUUGAACGACUGAAGGUGGAGAUGGCAAGAUUGGAAACUGGGAAGAGGCCGAAGGGCACCAAUUUGAAAGCAAAACUGGACGAGGCAGUUGGAGUAUCGUCGAAAAAGGAUAAAGGUAAGUGUCUCGUGUCCCCUGCUAAACAGGCCUGUCAGAGGGAGGUUUUUGUCAGGGAAGCACGUAAGCAGCUUCGUAAUCUGAAGAAGGAGGAUAUCGUGGGUAUCUGUAAGAAGGAGGGUGUCGAGUAUACUACGCUUAAUCCAACGAAAGAGGCUAUUGCGCAACUAAGGGCGGAUCGUGCUAGACUGGAUGCUUGUAAGGAUGACGUCAACGGUGUUUCGGUUGUCGAGGUUACCGAGGAUGGAGGUGACUCCUCUGCUAAGAGCAACAGGCAUGACUCUGCCACUUCUUAGGGUCAUGCCCGAGUGCGACUUUCCUUUGGCAGGUAGUAAGGAUCUGUUGUAGAAUUCGCUCGUCGUCCGUUGAGUUAUUGCGGUAUAGGGAGACCAAUUUGCUGUUGACAUUGGCUAUCUGUGGGGUCAUUUUGUUUGAUGUGAUUCUGUGGUGUCGUAAGCUUGGUGAAUUCAUUCUUCAGUCUGCUUCCUUUGGUACGGAUGACAUUGACCCGUGGAAGGGUCCGAUCAUGUAUGCCCUUGUUUCCACGUGGGCUCGUCAUAUUUAUGUCGGGAGUACGCAGCGUGAUCUUCAUUCCCGUUGGAGGGAACAUGUUUAUCGGUCGUAUCGACAACAAGUAAUCGAUGGCAGACGUAGGAAUGAAAAGCUUUACCAAUG